AUGCAGGCGGGCGCCCUGUGGGGAAGCAGGAGAGGGGAAUUCCUGCUGGGCAGCGGGCAGGCAGGUGUCGUCCCCUUCGUGGCCUUGCUGCUGCUGCACCGCAGGCUGGUGGCCGGCCGGGCCUUGCUGGUGAAUGGCGCUGGCUGCCCCAUCAGCAGCUUGUGCCGCUCCAAUGUCCACGAGCAGACCCGCAAGCAGGUUGCGCUGCUCAAUGCCACGGCCCAGGACCUCUUCAGCCUCUACCUGAAGUGCCAGGGAGAGCCUUUCAGCAGCGAGACAGACAAGCUCUGCAACCCCAAUGGCAUCGACUUCCCCCCCUUUCACGUUAACCGGACAAGCGAGAAGGAGGUCAUGGUUGCCAUGUACAAGCUCUUUGCCUUCCUCAAUGCCUCGCUGGGGAACAUCACGCGGGACCAGGAGGAGCUCAACCCCACAGCCAAGGAGCUUCUUGACCGCCUCCACAACACCACCAAGACCACGCGGGGCCUCAUCUCCAACCUGACCUGCCUGCUCUGCAAGAACUACAACAUCUUCCAGGUGGAUGUGAACUAUGGGCAGAGCAGCAAGAGCAAGAGCGCCUUCAGGAAGAAGCAGCAGGGCUGCCAGGUGCUUCGGAAGUAUGUGCAGGUCAUCUCCCAGGCAGCUCGCAUCCUCCUACCUCACCUGAGCCCCGUGUGAGCACUCGAGCCACAGCACCUCUCGCUCCGCCGCCAAGCCCGGAAAGCCACAAGAGGAUUCGCCAAGGCUGGUUGAGCCAAGACCCUUUCAAGGGAGACCUCAGUGCUGGCUCCUGGCAAGGGGGGGACAGCUGGCAGCGGGACAGGGACCAGGUGUCCCCACCGGCCCCUGGCUCACCAUGCGGCCACCAGCACCAUCACCUGCCCCCCCCAAAGGUCCUUCCCUUCCAAUGGUCCCUCUUCCCUUCAUAUUUAUUACCCCCUCCUGCUCUCCCGUCCCUCCUGCCCCAGCCGCCUCUGCUCAGCGCCUUUAUUUAUUUGAUGCUCUGUGGCAGUAGCGGCAGCGAGGCUGAUGGCAUGGGAUAUCAGCGGUUGUGCUCGGUGCGCCACAGGGCCACACUGGGCUGCAUGGGCUGGUCCCCGCGGGGCGGCCCCAGCCGUCCCCGUCUUCGCGUGGCCCACGCCUGUGGGAGGCAGCAGCGGCAGGGGCUGCUCAGUCCCUUUGCUUUGGGUUCUAGUGAAUUUUACGGCAUUCGGGAGCUGGGAUUCAGCCAGAGGCAGGCUCGCAAGCACCGGCAUUGCUGGGGGCACAGCCUGGUGCUUCAUCUCACUCCAGCCUGGCGCCUCCGGGAGGGAGCCCAGAUCCGCUGCGCGGACGGGAUCCUCGCACCCCAGCCAGCCCGGAGCUGGGAUGUCAGCCUGGGGCCACGCUGUGAGCGCUUAUUUAUUUGCCUGGGACAGGCUGGGGCUGCGCAUGCCCGCCAGCACCUGCCUCGUCUCCUAAUAACGUUAUUAAUAUAAUAAUGAUGAUGAUGAUGAUAAUAAUAAUAAUAAUUAAGCAGAUUUGGGGUAAUAUAUAGA